AUGGCUUCCGAAAACACUCUCGUUCCGCUAUCGAAAGAGGAGUUGACGAUACUGGCGGAACAUGCCAUUGAGGCCAAGCAGAAAGCAUAUUGUCCAUACUCAAACUUCCGUGUGGGGGCCUCGGUGCUGCUCUCAACAGGGACGUACCACACCGGCUCCAACGUCGAGAUCGCCAGCACCCCGAACGGCAUCUGCGCGGAACGCUGCGCGAUUGCUCCGAUCGUGGCGUCGAUGAAGCGACCGGAGAUGCCCAUCAUCCGCGCAAUCGCCGUCAGUACCGACAUCAGCCCUCCCGCUAGCCCCUGCGGCAUGUGCAGACAGUUCAUCAACGAGUUCGCCGUUUCGGAUGAUCUGCCCAUCUACAUGUAUGGCAAGAAUGGCUUGGAGGGCGAGGUCGUCAUGAUGACUAUCGGGCAGUUGUUGCCCAUGAGCUUCAAGCGCCUCAACUACGAGCAGAAUCGGGAGGAGAGGGGCCCGGGUGCGAGGCGUGUUUAG